AUGGUAUUAACCCAACAGGAAAGAUCACUCGCUUCCUCCGACGACAGCUUUCCCACCGCACAACUUUUCCUUCUGGGUAUGUUCGCAUUACUUGCCUCCCACUGCAACCUCUCUCGCCGGUCACUCGCUAACGCCAUGACAGCAAUAUGCCGCGUCGCGGAGCCCAUAGCCUUGACCUCCAUCUUCCCCUACUCAUGGGUGAUGGUCAAGGACUUCCACACGGGUAACGGCAACGACGCAUCCUUCUACGCCGGCAUUUUGAUCUCGGCUUUUUCUCUUGCAGAGGCCCUCACCGGCAUGUUCUGGGGUGGUCUGUCCGACCGCGUUGGCCGUAAGCCUAUUCUUCUGUCCGGCUGCUUUGGUACUAUGCUCUCCCUCCUCCUUGUGGGCUUUGCGAGGAACUUCUGGGUCGCUCUCGCAGGUCGCGCGCUGGGUGGUGCUCUGAAUGGGAAUAUUGGAGUUAUUCAGACCAUGGUUGGCGAGUUGGUGAAACGGCCUGAGCAUGAGCCCCGAGCCUAUGCAGUCAUGCCUUUUGUCUGGGCGAUUGGGACUAUCCUUGGACCAGCCAUUGGAGGUCUACUGGCAAAACCAUCUGAAGGUUUUCCUUCCGUUUUCCCUGCUAAUGGAUUGUUUGGAAAAUUUCCUUACCUCCUCCCGAACCUUGUAUGCUCUAUUCUGCUUUUUCUGAGCAUUAUCAUCAGUUGGUUUUACCUGCAGGAGACUCACCCAGACAUGCAACCUGGUCGUGUCAGCGCACAUGUCAACCACCCGUCGGUCGAGCAGCCCCUUCUGGCAACCUCGGGUUCCACUGCUCAUGCCGAAGUCGAUCUUCGAGCUGAGUCUUAUGGCACCUUUAACCAGGUUGACCUCCACCAAGAGGAAACCUGGGAUGCGAGAGCUGAUAGCUCCUCGCCCACCGGUAAACCUGAGAAGCCCAAAGCUUUUACAUGGAAAAUCGUCAUGCUCGUGGUGGCGCUGGCCAUUUUUUCCUAUCAUUCCAUGAGCUAUGACCAUCUCUUUCCUAUCUUCUUGCAGGACAAGAAGACGGCCCUUCCUGGUAGCUUCCACGGCUCUUUCCUCGACAUCCCCGGUGGCGUGGGCCUUUCAACUCGCACAGUCGGCCUGAUCAUGUCUGCCAACGGCGUCAUUGCGCUUUUCAUCCAAGGGGUCGUCUUCCCCGCGCUGGCCCAUUACCUGGGUAUCUGGCGGCUUUUCAUUCUCGUGACGGUCCUUCAUCCAAUCGCCUACUUCAUGGUCCCGUUCCUAGUCUUCCUACCACAAAACCUCGUCAUGGUUGGCAUUUACACCUGUCUAAUCGUUCGCAACAUCCUCUCGAUUAUCGACUACCCUGUCCUUCUGAUCCUCAUUAAGCAGGCGACCCCCGCCGACUCCGUCAUGGGCAAAAUUAACGGUCUCGCUGCUUCGGCCGGUGCUGCAUCUCGUACCAUUGCACCUCCCGUUGCGGGAUGGUUAUAUAGCACUGGUGCGGAGAUUGGUUGCACUGCUAUCGCUUGGUGGGCAAGUGCUUUUGUUGCCUUUAUGGGUAUGUUCCAGCUGUGGUUCAUUCAGCCCAAUAGAGGCGCCGCCGCCACAGUGAGCCCGGUGGUUUCCUGCCAGUAUGUUUCUAUUCCCGAUGAGCCGCAGAAAGAAGUUAUUGAGGUUAUUGUUACCGAGGUUGAUGAUGAUGGUGAAACGACUGCUCACUGA